GAAGUGACAACAGAUAGUUGUUUUAAAGAAGUGUUAUAAAAAUUCAUUAAAGUUCCAGUGAAGUUUUCUACAAUUUCAUAGCUGGGAACAACACAAAAAUUGAGAAAAUUUUCUUAUAUUGCUGGAAUCAUUUAUUUUCAGUUUAGUUCUGAAACAGAAGAAUGGCUCAAGAAAAUGCUGAUGACUGUUAUUUUUACUAUUAUUCUUCAUGCACUAAAGGAAAAGAGUGCCCCUUUCGACACUGUGAAGCGGCAUUAGGAACUGAGACUGUUUGUGUCUUGUGGAGAGAAGGAAAGUGUUUCAGAGCUAAUUGUAAAUUUCGUCAUAUGGAAAACAGAAUAAAAAGAGGUCUAAUACCAUGUUUCUGGGAAAAUCAGCCCGGAGGCUGUCGUAAACCACAUUGUGUUUUUCUUCAUCAAAAAUCAAGAUAUAAAGUUGUAAACGUCCCUGCAGAAAAAAAGAGAUUGAUACUACCUGAAUCCAUGUCUCAUAAUGCUGCUCUACCCACUUCAAAAGUACCAGAAAUAAGUGAUAGCUUUACUCCAAGCUACAGUCCAAAGCCUGAAUCAAAUGAAAUCUCAUUAAGUUGCUCAGAUAAUGGAGCAGAUGACAUCUCUUCUAUGCCUGUAGAACCAUUUGUUGUCAGUUUUGAUGAAGGUGAAGAAUCUGAUUCCGAGUCAGUUUGUAGUACGCCUAUGAAGUCUGGAGCUUCAGAUUCAAAAUGUAUGAAUUCUAGUACUGCUAAGAGAAAUUUGUCAUCAAACUUUUCAGAUACAUCUGAAGAUUUUGGCAUCAAAACUUUGGAGCAGAUACGGAUGGAGAAAAUACAUAAAGAAUCAGAACAUUUUUAUAAAUCAGAUGAUACUUCUGGUAACAGUUAUGGCAAUAAAACGCUUGAGAUAAACCGACCAACUUUGCACAGUGGUUCUAUCAAUAGCUACUCAGUGUAUGAUUCUCCAUCGUUAAUUGCCAAGUCCAAAGUGAGCCAAAAUGGAGGUUCCUACAAAACUGAAUGCUAUCCUCCAGUAUAUGAAGCUCCACCAGUGAUUGCAAAGACAAAAAUAAGCCAAAAUGGAGGUUCAUACAAGGCAGAGUGCUAUCCUCCAGAAUCUGAUUACAUUUCUGUUUCUGCAAGUGAGCCAGUUGACAAAUGCAAACUGGCUCCAAAAAAUGAACCAACUCCUAAUUCAUUUGAGCAAGAAAGUGAUUUAAGAGGACGUCUUAUGAAGAAGCGUGAGUUCCCAUCAUAUUCUGAAAAAGAGUCGUCGCCCCCAGCAAAACGAGUUAUUUCUUUCAAGAAACAAGAAAAGAAAGUUGAAGGUCCUUUAGACUUCAAGAUCAAAACGUUAGAGGAAAUUCGAAAAGAAAGAGAAAAUAAACAGGUGAACAAGGUGAAAAGUUUUAUGAAAGACCCUUUUAUUCACAAAAGAGUAAAACUUGCGCAUCAAGAGGCAGUCAAUUCUUCAUCUGAUGAACACAAAUCAUCGAGUCUGAGUGACACUCAAAAAGUUUCUGGAAGACUGAAAAUCAAAAGAUUAUCUACUGAAUCAUACUCAAAACUAACUGCUGAAAGUGAUGUUGCAUUGGAUGAAUUAAAUGAGAAAGCAAAAGAUACAAGGCCUCAAACAAUUCUUCAUGAAGUUCAAAAUAUUGAGGAUGAUCAAACUAAACUAAGUCAUAUUCCUACUUCAAAAAAGAUAAUAUCUGCAUUCAAUGGUAAACGAAAAAAUGAUUGCAGUUUAGCUGCUAAAAACAAGGUACUGAAAACAGAUUCUUCUGUUGUGAAAAUUUCUUCAGAAAUUUUAGAGGAAUCAAAUGCAUUUGAAACUGAAGAUGAUUUAAAAGUCAUGCAAGCUGACAUAGAUGCUAUCUCCAAAGAGGUUCUAUCACCAGUCAGUACUGAUCCUUCAGCUACUCAAACUCCUUCUGACGUGGAAGAAGAUUCCACAAAUAGAUUAGACUUGAAUACUCAGCCUUCCAAUAAUGUAUCUAACAGCAUAUCACUGUCUGAAAGUACAAGGGACAUAGAAAAAACAACAGCAUCUGAUAAACAAGAAAUCGACAGGAAGAUGUCUCGUUUAAUAUCUGUAGAUGAAUUUGAUAAUUUUUUGAGCGACACUGACGUUAAUUUAGAUGAGGAAGAAGUUUCUUCCGAUAAAGGUGCCGAAGACAUAUUUAAAGAAUUUGAGCAGUUGUUGGAAAGCUGA